AUGAAAUUUUUAACCACCAACUUUGUCAAAUGUGCUAUUAAAUCCUGUGACUCCUCAGCCGACUCCUUCCCAUUACAAUACGCCGACUGCCAGUUAGCACAAGAAGAACAGGACUACAAUCCAGAGUUUAUAAGCCACAUAUUGGAAAGAUUGGACUGGGAUGCCAUCAUCAAAGUUGCAGCUGAUUUAGGAAACACAUCGUUACCUCCUACGAAGCCAGAAGACUUGGACCCAAUCAUGGAAGACAAUCAAGUGAUAUUGAAGGACUUACACAACUUAUUAGUCGAAACUCAUAUUUUAGAAGGUAAGAUGACCUGCCGUAAUUGUGGCCAUAUUUACUACAUCAAAAAUUCCAUUCCAAACUUUCUUUUACCACCACAUUUAUGUUAA